AAAAAAGGGAGGAGAAAGAUGGGAGUGUACAUACAACUCUUGCUCUUCUACACAGUGUAAAAAAGGGGAGGGGACAACAAAACAAUCAAGAGAAGAGAAUCUCUGUUACCUUCUCAUUCCUCCUCUGGAGCUACUGAAAACAGCAACAACAACAACCACCAACUGACUGAGACUUGUCACAUUUCAGAACUAGACAGUUCGCAUUCUCCCUCUUCAAAACACGACAUUUAACCCCCUCCACCCUGUGGCCAUGGGAGAAGACUCAUCGCACGCCGAGCGCCUCAGCAACAGCAGCAGCAUUUUGGUCAACCCCCAGCAGUACCAUGCACAGCAAGACAACAUGGACCUCCUGGUGCCCAGCUUCAGCCCCAGCUCUGCUCCCUCCUCCCCCACUGACACCCUCUCCAAGCUGGGUUUGAAAACCCCCGGGAGCCCCGGAAGUCCCACCAGUCCCAUGGCCAGGGAUCAGGUGAGUGCCAUCACAGUGGUGGCUCUACUCGACAAGCUGGUCAACAUGCUGGAGGCGGUGCAGGAGAACCAGCUGCGCAUGGAGCAACGCCAGGCUGACCUGGAGGGCGCCGUGCAGGGGGUCCAAGGCGACGUGACUCGCCUGUCCAAGAACCACACCAGCACGUCCAGCAGCGUGAGCAAGCUGCUGGAGCGCUCGCACAAGGUCAACACCCACAUGAAGGAGGUGCGGGAGCGUCUGGACAAGCAGGCGUCGCAGGUGAAGCGGCUGGAGGCCAACCAUGGACACCUGCUCAAGAGGAACCAUUUCAAAGUACUAAUUUUCCAGGAAGACAACGAGAUCCCCUCCAGCAUGUUCAUCAAGGACUCCCCCAAGACCCGCCAGGCCAGCCAGCUUGAGGACGACGCCCCUGCGGCACCUGCCCCGUCUGUCACCGGCAUAGAUGCCGACCGCUCUCAGGAGGAGGGUCUCCAUAACAUCAGCCUGUACUCCUCCGACAAUGAUACCGGGGGUCUCCACGAGGACGACGAAGCCCUGGAGGGAGAGGCAGAGCUGGGCCUAGAAGCGGCCCUGCCCUCCUUCGAGAGAUCCAGAGCCGACCGGCUGAAGCGCUCCAGCCUGAAGAAGGUGGACAGCCUGAAGAAGGCCUUCUCGCGCCAAAGCAUCGAGAAGAACAUGACCAGGAUCAGCACCAAGAUCGUGCCACCCGCGAGCCGUGAGAAGAUCAAGAAAAGCUUUACACCAAACCACCCUAAGAGUCUCGCCGCCAAGAGCUCUUCUUUCAAGGUGUCGCCCAUGACGUUCAAUGUGAAGAAGUUGCGAGGCGAAGGGGAGGCCUCGACACAGCCCGGAGGCUCGCCUAGCGGGCAAGCCCACGUGGAGAUCCCUCCCUUGGGUAGCAUGGAUGGGGAUCUGCCCCUGGCCGAGGUGUACUCCCAGGAAGGGCUGGGUGUGGAGGGGGGAGAGGAGCUAGCUAGUCCUUCUACCCCUGGGAGCGUGCAGGCCGAUUUGACCAUCAAUGGAGAAGCGGGGAGCCUUGAGUGUGAUCUGACCAUCGAUCAUCAACCGGGGCUUGCUCUCCCGGAGCAUGAUGACGAUAUGGGGGAGGAGGAAGAGGUUUAUGAUGAGGUAGAGGAGCAGGAAAGCCUGGUGGAGGUAAAGGACCCCAUAUCUGCUGUAGAGCAAGCUUCAUAAUCUCAUCCCUCAUCUUUUGCUCCUCCACAUUCCCUGGGUAUUUUAUGUUAACAUGCCAAAACUGUAGUCAUCCCUCCAUCUUUCCAGCCUACCAAUUUCAAAAAAAUAUCAAGCCCCAGUGCUAACGAGCCCCUAACCAUUCCUGGCCCUCCAAUGCCUCCAGCCCUGCAUGUACAAUUAAUCCAAGAGAUCCAUGGACAUAUCCCAGAUCACCAAGCUUCCAUUUCAGAGAUCCUGAUUUAUCAAGAGUGAUCAAGAUAUCCUGCAUCAGUUGCUCCUGCUUGGUCUGUAUAGCUACCUACCCUUCUUUGGGGUUACCUUAGGAAAAGAACCAGCAAGCCAAGCGACUAUAACUCACCUUCCCAACUGGAACCUAGGCUUCUGAACAGCACAUCUCCAGGAUGCUGAGCCAACUCACUCUCUCUGUUUAUCUGUCUUUGCAUGGGCCUCUCAGUCUGACGGAUAGUCUCUUUGUUCUCCUGCCUCGCUUGAAUGCCGGUAAAUCCUUGGCAAAGAGGGUAGAGCCCACAGCUUGGGAAGGGUAGCCCAUUGCCAGGUUGUCUGGGCAUUGGUAUGGGGCGGUAGCUACGUUUCUAAAGCAAGGUCGGUGUAAGGCUGAGGUUUGUGACAUAUGCAUUUGACCAAGGUCUGGAUGUAACCAUAUAACCCGAGUGCAGGGUAAAAAUGGAGCCAUAGCAUUAAGGCAAUUUCAUGCCAUCCCUACUUUAGUUCAUUUAUUUGCCAUAAUAUAUAUACUCAUCAGACCUCUCAUGACAAAAACAGCUUGAAAGUGGUAAGUUAAGGGAGGGUAAGUUGAUAUCUCUGUAUUAGGGUAAGGUCUACUGGGAGCACUAUUGAGACAGAGGAUGACUUGGGACCUUAAGGCUCUACACUGGGACUUUCCUAAACACCCUAUAUCAGGGCAAUCAUAAUCUUACGUUUAUGUAUAUAUUUGAUUAUAGGGAGUUAAAUAUCAGUAGGCAUAACGACUUAUAUAAAAUCAUAUUUGAGUACUGUCACCUGACUUUCAUAAAUAUACUGUAAAAAUUGUAAUGUUGGAGUUGAUUACGUGUGCAUUUGGUGCACCUAAAGUUGGCAUAGCACUCACAUAAGCAAUGUUGACACAUUCCUAUAUGGUUGAAACACACAUGCACACAAACACUAGAUUAACUAGCACACAUUUACAGAGGCACCCACAAAGACAAUCACACACACACUCAUACACGCACGGAAUUCUUCAAACUUACACUGGCUGUUGUGGGUAAUUGCCAUGCUGGAGUGAGGAAUUCCUGUUUUGGAAGCCCUGUUGAAAAAAACAGCAUAGACCAGCAUAGGCUGGUGACCAGCCUUCAUUGUUUGGACACUGGUCACCAGCAUUCCAGCAUAUGGUGGCCACCCGCAAAACCUGCAUCAAGUUACGUUAUGCUGGAUUUGCAAAGUGAUGUCUAAUUCCUAAUGGAAUCCAGCCUGAACGGGGAUAUCCAACAAUUUGAAUGUUUAUUCACCCACGAUUUGCAUUCAGAAUGAUUGCCAGGGUUUUGCCCUCAAAACAUCAAAUCAAGCUUUAUUUAUGCAGCACAUUUCAGACAUGGAAUGCAACGCAAUGUGCUUUAUGGGGGGACAAAUCAAAAAUGAUAAUAUAGGUGAAAUAUUUACUACACAACAAACAUAAGAUAAAAAACUAAAGAAUGGUACAAAAUAAACCAAUGGCUGUGCUGUGUAGGCAGUUCAGGAGGAGAGUCAAAGGGUUUUUCUAAAAAUGAUUUUUGAUUAGGCCUAAUCCAAAAAUGCACUCCUGCGUGCGGACUACCCUAAAGCUUUUGUUCUGUUCAGUUCAGUUUGAGAAGGAGAGCUCAAAGAUGACGAGGACCAGAGGUCAACUUUGAUUGCUUGCUACUACUAUAAUUUAUUUUAUUAAAAACAAUGUUACUUUUCCAUUCUGAAAGCGUUUUGAUCAGAGUUAUUGGCCUCAAUCAGCCAGAUUCGAUUGUGGUGACUGAAACUUGAAACAGCAGCCGUGGCACAAUCAAUUGGAAAUUGACAGCUAAUGGUGCUGAAAGUAGGCAAAUUUGAGUAGGCAUAAUUAAUUUGACUUUACUAACAACAAGAGGACUUUGUGUUGGAGCCUAUUUAUUCAUAUUUAAGAAAUAAGAGGUAGGCCUACCUGUUUGGCAGAUUAAAUUAGGCAAUAGGCUGCUAUAUAGAUAUAUUUUCUCAGUCAAUUACACGUCAGUGAAGGGGGUAUGAGGGUAUGCCAUAGCCCUACUUUUUAUGAAAGAAAAUGGCAAAAAGCACAAGCUUACCUCUUGUUAGUUUAAUAUUUUAAAACUGAUCCAAUUAUAUAACGUGAUAUAUUAGAGCACUUUGGUCCUUGAUGCUUUUUGCAUUGUUUCGUGUCUUUGACAUUCAGAGGCUGAGACACAACCUUCUAUAGCCAAGGACCCCAAAAAUAUACUUUGCUUGGGAAGUAAUUCUAAUUCUCUCUAUCAAUUGAUUAGGCGAUUCACUUUCUGUACAAUACAUGUUUAAACCCAGGAAACUUUCAGGGAAACCGUUGUGACCAUCUCUCGUUGAGUUAAGCCACAGAAAAGGGAUAUUUUUUUCUCAGACCUGCAAAUACGAUGAUAGAUUCAUGCAAUGCUUCUACUAUAAAGGAGAUCUUUCCCCCCCUACUCUCUUCCACGGUGGUCUGUGAACCCACAACCUUCUGGCCAGCAGCCCUGUGGGUUAUCAAAGUUCCUGCAUUGCUAUGUAAUGUUUACAGGAAGAAGAACACUUUCUAAAACUGUUUCUAGAAGGCUCCGGUCUGUCCAAGAUGUGAGGAUAAAUGGUAUAGACAUGUUCUCCGCUAUCCACUUUGUUUAAAUUAUUAUUAGGGGUAUUUUCAAGCAUUCAGGGAGGGUUUAAUUGAAAUGUAACUGAUGAACUGUCCAUAUUCAUUUCAGAAAGAUCCCAUUUUCUCAAUUGUAACCCUUACUACAAAAUAAUGUUCACCACCUAAACUGGAACAGUUUCAGUAACGGGUGAAAUAAGUUCAACUAAGGUAUUGGGUUAGUAUGCAUGUCAUGUAUCUUUGUGUAGCAUAAGAUAAAUUAAUUGAUUAAUUAAAACAAUCAAUGUACAUGCAAAAACACAGAUAUUGAAACAAACUAUUCUAGAAAAUCAAACUGCAAUAUAGCAUGCUGGGAAAUAUGAUAAUGAUGCCCGUAGUUGAACAGACCAGCUCGUCCAGCUAGACCAUGCUAGACCAGCCAGCAUACACUCCAAAGAAGAAGAAAAAAGGUUUUGCCAGGGCUUAGGGUAAUAUUAUUUUUCAUAUUAAGAAUUCCCUCUCCACAGUGUUUUCCUUUUAUGCCAUGAAAUGCUACACUGUUGCAAAGUUCAUUUAAUUGCAUGGUACACUAUAGGCUACUGAUUGCAGUGAAAGGAAGGUAAACAACAAGUUACUGAUUUUCUACAGCUGAAUGAAGGUGUUAUUGCUGUAAAAGGAUAGUAUGCUGCUGAAUGCUGGUUACCUAUGAUUAUACCUCACUUGGGAUUUUAACUCAAACUCUUUGUUGCUAAUGACCUGAACUUCCUGCUACACCACCAUGACCAUGUGCAUGACAGUGCUUGGCCACAGAUUUAAAUGGCAAGAACAAAAUUCUGUACACUGCUAGAAGCUGCCCAGAAUCAAGUCCAUAAUUGUAUAAUUAUCUGACAACACCAAUGUGAAAAUAUCAGUCCUCAGGGACAUUUGAUGUAAUGUGUGCAUAAAUGCUUUGGGGAUUUGAACUUAGAGGCCUUUAGGCAGAAGUGCAUUAAUGUUUCAACAGUGCCACCAGGUACAUCUUUGGUACCAAGAACAUGUACAUUCAGAAAGUAUUCACAUCCCUUGACCUUUUCCCCAUUUUGUACAGCCUGAAUUUGAAAUGGAUUACAUUGUGAUUUCUUUUGUGACUGGCCUAACACAAUGCACCAUAAUGUCAAAGUGGAAUUAUGUUUUUAUGUUUUUUUACAAAUUCAUUACAAAUUAAAAGCUGAAAUGUUUUAAGUCAAUAAGUAAAUCAACCCCUUUGUUAUGGCAAGCCAAAAUAAGUUUGGGAGUAAAGAUUUGCUUAACAAGUCACAUAAUAAGAUCCAUGGACUCACUCUGUGUGCAUUGUGUUUAAUGUGAUUUUUGAAUGACUACCUCAUCUCUGAAAAAUACCAGUGGUCUGGGGCGGCAGGUAGCCUAGUGGUUAGAGCAUUGGAUUUGUAACCGAAAGGUUGCAAGAUCAAAUCCCCAAGCUGAUAAGAUAAACAUCGGUCUUUCUUUUCCUGAACAAGGCAGUUAACCCACUGUUCCUAGGCCGUCAUUGAAAAUUAGAAUUUGUUCUUAACUGACUUGACAAGAAAAAUAUAUUUGGGGGCAUGGUCUAAUAUGUGUGUUUGUGCCAACUAUCAGUGGAAGUGUUGUACCAGUUUAAGUGGUUGAUGGUUGUGGUCAAACAUGGUCCGUUUUGCAGUUGUUGUAAGAGCAUGUGACAUUAAAUAAGAACUUUCCUGUUAAAAGGUUACUUUGUAAUUUACAGUAAAUUCAUGGAAGUUAGUUAUAUGAAUAUUACUGAAUUUUGUGCCGCUGAAUUGACAAAGCGCUGUCAGUUAUUGUAAAAUUCACAGCAACUGCUAGGAACAUACUGACAGUUAGGUUGCCAGUUAAUCUAUUGUAAAACGCACAGUAACAUAUUUGCAACGAGCUGCCAGUAGCUCACUGUAACUUCAAGGAACUUUUCUGAUUACAAGAACGCUUAUGACAGGUGAUAACUAUUAUGUAGUCUUUUGCAUGAGCACACUUGGGACCCAGCCUCACCUGGCAUCAACAUCUAUGUUGGCAGCAAAAUGACCUUCCUGCCACACAAUCAGGUCAAUGAGUGUGAUAGAAGCCAGCCAAAGUAUGUUUCUGUGAAUUCUACAAUUACUACUUGCAGCAAGCUGACAGUAAGUUGACAUUUAAACAUGAACGUCACAGUGACCAACUUCCAUUAACUUACAGGAAAAUGCACAGUAACCUUUAACAGUUCAGCUCUUAUUUUGUCACAAGCUCUUACAACAUAAGUAACAUUAUUUUCACGGACUGACUCUGUGUGCAAUACUAGUGUUUAAGAUGGUUUUUGAAUGACUACCUCAUCUCUAUACCCCACACAUACAGAUAAUUGUAAGGUCCCUCAGUCCAGCAGUGAAUUUCAAACAGAUUCAGCCACAUAGACUGAGGUUUUCCUUACCAAGAAGACAGUGAAUAUUUGAGUGGUUUUGACUUAAAUCUGCUUGGAAAUAUAUGGGAAGACCUGAAAAUGGUUGCCUAGCAAUGAUCAACAACCAAUUUGACAUAGCUUGAAGAAUUUUGAAAAUAGUAAUUGGCCAAAUGUUGCACAUGUGUGCAAAGCUCUUAGAGACAUACCCAGAAAGACUCACAACUGUAAUCGCUGAUUCUAACAUGCAUUGCCUCAGGGUUGAAGAUUUGUUUAAUCAAGAUAUAUAUAUAUAUAUGUGUUUUUUUAUAUUUCUAAUGUUGACAUUAGAAUAUUUUGUGAAGACCGUUGGCAAUUUUUUUUUUUACAAUUAAGUCCUUCUGAAUCCCACUUUGUAACAAAAUGUGGAGAAAGUCAAGGGGUGUGAAUACUUUCUGCAUGCACAGUAGCCAAUAAUUUGGGACAUUUUGAAACAAAUUUUCUUCAUGUCAUAAUGUUUUUUCAGAGCUGUCUAAAAUACAAUAGAUUUAUUGAGAUGGUGCAUAUUAAAAUAAUGUAUUAGACUUUAAAUGCAGAUGUUCCAAAGGCGAGCAUCAGCAACUUGUAUGAGUGGAGGCCUGGAGAUGCUAAACAUGUUUGUUACUUAACCGUCAAUUACUGUGAGACCGGCAGUCUUUCGCAUGACAAUAGCCGGCUGACAAAAUUUAAUGACCACUACAACCAUAGUCACAUGAACAGAUCUAGUAUUGUAGCAGGAAAUUCAGGUUGCUGGCAACUGAGGAGUUGUGAGUUCAAAUCCCAAGUAAGGUUGACACCAAAGUAAUCAUAAUUUUACUGGUUGGCAAAACCACGCCCAUCAGUAUCAUAUUUCCCAGCAUUGCAGUUAGAUUUUAAGAAUAGUUGUUUUCAAUAUCUGUGUUGCAUGUCCAUUGAUUGGUUAAGGAAUACAUUAAUUUAUGUUUUGCUACACAAAGAUAAAUAACUAAGUUAAUCCAAUCUUUUAGUUGGACUUAUUGCACCCGUGACUGAAAUGGUUGUUCGAGUUUAGUCUAAUUUUGUUUAUCUUUCUGACACUGGCAGUCAUUCUAAAUCCACUCUGGAUGGAUUCCAAUAGGAAUUAAACAUCACUUUGCAAGCCAGCAUAAUGUAACUUCUUGCUGGUCACCAGAGCCUGCAGGUAGCGAGGGGAAGUUCCUCAUUGUUCAGUAGGUGAGCACCAUGGUUUUGUAGUGGAUGUGAGCUUCAACUGGAAGCUAGUGGAGUGUGCGGAGGAGCGGGUGACAAGAGGGAACUUGGGAAGAUUUAAAACCAUGCGGGCUGCAGCAUUCUGAAUUAGUUGAUAGCACAAGUGGGGAGCCCAGCAAACAGCGAGUUGCAGCAGUCCAGACGGGAAAGGACAAGAGCCUGGAUUAGGACCUGCACUGCUUCCUGUGUGAGGUAUGGAUGUUGUAGAGCAUGAGCCUGCAGGAGCGGGUCACUGCUUUGAUGUUUGCAGAGAACAACAGGGUCAUGCCAAGGUUCUUUGCACUCUGAGAGGGUUACACUGUGGCGUUGUCAACCGUGAUGGAGAGGUCUUUGAGCAGGCAGGCCUUUUCUGGGAGGAAGAGCAGUUCUGUCUUGACGAGUUAGAGCUUGAGGUGGUGGGCCGACAUCGAAGUUGAGCUAAUGCCAACACCAAUUUAAUUAUUCGAAAUCUAUGCCUGGGAGAUUAGAAAGGCACACUUCUGGAGAAAGGGGGAGAAUCGGAACAAAUAAGGGAUGAUUUUUGAGGGGAGGCAUAAGCUGAACAGAGACGUGUGUCCACCUCUUUGCGCACAUGCAUGGCCUUUCAUUUUUUACCACAAGCUAUACUUGUAGUGUAAAAUAUCAUGGCAUUGCAACCAGGGCCACCAUUUGUCACAUUUUCAUGACAGAAAUAUGUCCCGGGUUCACAUCCCAGGUAAACACAUGAAAUACCACUUUUGAUCUUGAAGUUGAACCCUACAUUGCCCCAGUAUAUCUCCAACCUAUUUGUUGUCAUGUAAAAACUAUGCAACGGAAGUGCUGUUGGUCAUUACGGAGGUCUGGUAAACAAAGAAAAAAUCCAAUGCCUGUAACGGAAAUUCAAAUUUUCUCAAAAACGCUUUAGCGGGAAAGCGCAGCAAGAAGUCCUUCCUAUAAAUAUUCCAUGGUGUUUCAUUGUCUGAUGAAAAGUGUUUGAACUUUGAACAAUGGAACCUAUGGAGGAGGAAGAAGGCAUAUGUCUUAGAUGAUCAAAUAUAGAAGUAUGAAAUAUUUACACAUUAUAUAAUGAAAUUAUAAGCCUUCUAUCUGUAAUACAGUAUCUAUGGUAUGUGCUCGUCCACGUAUGGAUGGUGUUUCCUCUUAUAGAUAUCACAGUACUGAAAAAAGUGCCAAACUUUAAAUUUGUGUGUACAAUAUGUAGAGAUUACGAUUAAAAUGUGACUGAUUUUGAGCUUUUCAAUAAGCUUCAUAGUGCUUUACAUUGCAUGGGAGUAACGCACCCCACCUGCUACCAUUGUGUACAGUAGCACACCAACCUGGGUGAUGCACAGCAUCCAUUUUAUGCCAGAAAAGCUCACCACACAUUGGCUCUCACAGUGAAAGAGGUGAAUGUCACAGGUAUCAAGUCCCCAUACAUGGAGUACUAGUAUUGUUACUGUAACAUUUUGGUUUUAGAUGAUACUUUAUUUAGUCACAUUAUUUCACCCAGUUGUCUGCCCUCAAGCCAAAUAACUUAUUUUUCCGUGGCAGAAAACUCUUAGCAACAUUUACUGUAAUGUAUUUUCUUCCUAUAGCCACUACUUGUAAUUGAUUUGCUCGAGUUCAGCAUCACAAUACGUAAAUAAAGAUUUGUAACAAC